AUGGUUAUGGAGAGGUUUUCGGUGUAUAUUCAGGAGAGUUGGCAGGAGUCUUUGUGGGUGAUGUUUGAGGAGAGUUACCGGAUGAGGGAAAAGAUGGAAGUGGUUGAGGUGUUAACGUUUGUCGUGGAAUUGGAGAAUCCGAUGGUGGAUGAUGUCCAUGUGAAUCCAGGCUUUGAUGACCGUGAAGAUGAUUCCGGCUUUGACGAUAGCGGUGACUCAGGCUUUGAAGAUGGUGAAGUUGAUUCAGGCUUUGAAGAUGGUGAAGUUGAUUCAGGCUUUGAUGAUGGCGGUGAUUCUUCUGGGAAAUUGAGAGGAUUGCUUUGGAAAAAAAGGCACAGACCAUGGCAAGUUACAAUACGCCGGUUUGGUCAUGAAGAAGGUAAUGAAGAUGGAAGCAACAAGUAUAUUUUUGGAUAUUGUAAAUGGUGUUGGGUAUUUGGUUAUGAUAUGGUUUUGACAGACUUUCUCCUUUUAAGAUUUAAACCCUUUGCGCUUCUACCAGUAACAUAUGUGAAAUCAUGCUCAACUGAUACAUCUGACUUGAUUGUUCUUACAUUGCCUUUUCCAUGCAUUAGAGAAAUAUCUAUUAUACUAAUGCAUGCAGCAAAAAGCACCCAUAUAAUAUUUGUUUGUCGAACAACAACUGCAAAGGCUCCAACCUUACCAAUGCACUUAACCAGUAAUUCUUUUCCAAACUUGCAAGAUACAUGGCCAGCACAUCAGUAA